GUAAUCCUCGUAAACUUAUUUUAUUAUUUUAUUUAAAAAUCACGUUUUCAUAAUAUUAACUACUUAAGCUUAGAUUCUUAACGACACGUUAAGAAGUAAUUUAAUAGUAUGCAUUGAGGAUGGAGCGAUAGUUGCCGUUUAAUUCAUACUUUGUUGUCUUGACGAGUUUCUCAAGUAGGUACUAUUUGGUACAAUCGUCUUUUAAUUUUUUUAUUGAAGAUUAUACAUUAAUUGUUGUGGUACUUAAUAUAUCAGACAACAUGGUAAAUGUGCAGUUCUUAGGGAAUGAAAAUUGUGAAGUAAAUAUAUAUGAUUAAUAAUUGGUUUAAUUUAUAUAUAACUUACAUCAAGAUCUAUUCAGAAUCAGAAUCUAUAAUUCUGUUUUGAUAAAAAAAAGUCCUUAAACCGAACGGUUGUAAAUAAAAUUAUUAUACAAAAUAUAUCAUGUUAACACUAGCUAAGUUAGCAUAUUAUUCUUGCGACAAAAGUCAGAGACACUGGUAUAACACUGUCCCCAAGAAUAUUAUCAAAAUCAAUAUUAAAAGUUGUUGUGAUGAUCUUAUUCAAAUAACCAAGGGGACAAAACAAAUCCAUAGAUUAAAUACUUUAGUAUGUGCCAGAGCCGCAAAAUAUGGACAUUUGGACUGUUUGAAAUUUGCUCGUUUGAUGCAAUUUUCUUGGGACACUAGGACAUGUUCUACUGCGGCCGAAAAUGGGCAUUUGGAUUGUUUAAUAUAUUCUCAUGAAAACGGCUGUGCCUGGGACAAAUACACAUGUUCUAAUGCUGCGCGUAAUGGUGAUAUAAAUUGUUUGAAAUACGCACAUGAAAACAAUUGUCUGUGGAACUUCAGUACAACAGACAGUGCUGCAAAAGGUGGACAUUUAGAGUGUUUAAAAUAUGCUCACACACAUGGAUGUCCAUGGAAUGAAAGAACAUGUAUGCUGGCAGCUUUUAAUGGACAUUUGGAAUGCUUAAAGUAUUGUUUUGAAAAUGGAUGUUUGUGGAACGAAGACACUUGUACAUUCUCAGCGUAUAAUGGACAUAUUAACUGUUUGAAAUAUGCACAUGAAAAUGGUUGCAGAUGGGACGCUUAUACCUGUUCUCAAGCUGCAUCGGGUGGACAAUUAAAGUGUUUGACAUAUGCUCAUGAAAAUGGUUGCAGAUGGGAUAUAAAUACAAGCUACAAAGCGGCAGAGAGAGGACAUUUGGAUUGUUUGAAGUAUGCUUAUGAAAAUGGAUGUCCAUUUAAUCUAAUUUAUACAAUUGAAUAAAUAUUCUAUACCAAUGUAAGUGUACAAACAAGUAAAUAUUUUUGUUAUAUACCAUUGAGUUAUUUUGUAUAUGUAUAUAGUACUAUAUUCUAUACUCAAUAUUCAUGACAUAUAACUCUAACAUGAUUAAGAAAGGUGUUUAAAAUUAAAUAAUUUAGUUAUUUUUAGA